AUGCCUAAAUUAAGCAAGCGAAAAAUUCAGUCACGAAAAGCAAAAUCCGAUCAACCCUCAAAAAGAAAGAUUUCGAAUGCGAGCGACUCGUCAAACGAUGAAUAUCGAAUGGACAUUGAUGACGAUCAAGAAUUAAAAUUCAGUGAAAGAAUUUCGUUAUCCGACAUUGGUGACUUGGCUGAAAUGUGCAAGUUAAAAUGUGGCAGCAAAUAUCUUAGCACUUUACUUUAUAUGUUGUUACGCUUCUUCAACGUUAAAUGGGAAGAUAUCGAUGAGCAUUUGAAGAGUAUUGACCGGAGAUGGGGAGCUAAAUUCGAAGCGAACUCGCAGCGUCUAUAUUUUGAAGGACAUGAAAGAGAUGAUGUCAUGAAACAUCGUAAUGAAUUUAUUAAUUAUUUUCUCGCACGUAAAGAUUCUUAUUACACAAUCACUGAUGAAGAAACACCUAUGUUUCAUGAUGAAUCAACGCUUAGAAGUGGUGAAGUUAGCGAUUUUGGUAGAAACAUUGGCACUCGGUGUCCAGUUGAAAAAAUCGAAUAUGUUGACGAAAACGGGGCAACAAACGUUAUUGAAUGCUAUUUUAAAAAUGGAACAAACAAAGGCAAAUCGAAAGGAUUAGUCGAACUGUGUAAAGAAUCACGCGUACAAUUGCCAGUUCAGAUUAAACUAGAUGAAAUUCGGAAAAUACUUUCAAAACAUAGAGCUUUUCAAAAUAUUAUAUACUGUCCGAAAUAUCAUUGCGAACUAAACGCAAUUGAAGGUCUUUGGUGUAAUCAAAAGGCAUUCGUUCGUUCACGUACAGAUCAAAGUUUUGAAAAAAUGAUAAAACUAAUAUCGGAUUCUCGUAUACAUUUUGUUGAACGAAAAAUUGCAUUAAAACUAUUCAGGCGUUUUUGGCGAUCAAUCGAAGCAUACUCUCAAGAUCAGACAUAUGUUGAUAUAUUGAAACUCUUUUUUUAG